CGCGCGCGCUCCGCCCGCCCCGGAGCCUCGCCCUCCGCCACGAUGAGCAAAUGAGCGCGAGCGAGGGCAUGAAAUUUCAAUUCCACUCUGGGGAGAAAGUGCUGUGCUUCGAGCCUGACCCCACCAAGGCGCGAGUGCUGUACGAUGCCAAGAUCGUCGAUGUUAUUGUUGGGAAAGACGAAAAGGGCAGAAAGAUUCCAGAAUAUCUGAUCCAUUUUAAUGGUUGGAACAGAAGCUGGGAUAGAUGGGCAGCCGAAGACCAUGUGCUUCGUGAUACAGAUGAAAAUCGGAAAUUACAGCGUAAAUUGGCAAAAAAAGCAGUAGCGCGCCUGAGAGGCACAGGAAAAAAGAAAAGGCGCUGCAGGCUGCCUGGUGUCGACUCUGUCUUAAAAAGUCUGCCUGUUGAAGAAAAAAGUGAAAAUGAAGAAAACUCACUAAGCAGUUCCUGUAAUGACAGUGGUGACGAGGAAGAUGAAGAAGUAAUUCAGGAACAUCCCAUUGAAAUAAAGACUAAGAAAAAGAAGGUAUUGGCACUGCACUCCAGGAAGGCAAUGGAUGAAAGAACAAUUACUGUAGACAUCCCUGAAGUUCUGAAGAAGCAGCUUGAAGAUGACUGUUACUAUAUUAACAGGAGGAAACGGUUAGUGAAACUUCCAUGCCAGACCAACAUCAUAACUAUUUUGGAAUCUUAUGUGAAGCAUUUUGCUAUCAAUGCAGCGUUUUCAGCCAAUGAGAGGCCCCGUCACCAUCACGCCAUGAUGCAUGCCCACAUGAAUGCACACUAUAUCCCAGCAGAAAAGAAUGUGGACCUCUGUAAGGAGAUGGUGGAUGGAUUAAGAAUAACCUUUGAUUAUACUCUCCCAUUGGUUUUGCUCUACCCAUAUGAACAAGCUCAAUAUAAAAAGGUGACUUCGUCUAAAUUUUUUCUUCCUAUUAAGGAAAGUGCCACCAAUACUACUAGGAGCCAGGAGGAGCUCUCUCCUAGCCCGCCUUUGUUGAAUCCAUCCACACCACAGUCCACAGAGAGCCAGCCGAUUACAGGUGAACCCGCCACCCCCAAGAGGCGCAAAGCUGAACCGGAAGCACUGCAGUCUCUGAGGCGAUCCACACGCCACAGCACUAACUGUGACAGGUUGUCUGAGAGCAGCGCCUCACCACAGCCCAAGCGCCGGCAGCAGGACACAUCCUCCAGCAUGCCCAAGCUGUUCCUGCACUUGGAAAAGAAGACUCCUGUGCACAGCAGAUCAUCUUCGCCCAUUCCUCUGACUCCAAGUAAGGAAGGGAGUGCUGUAUUUGCUGGCUUUGAAGGGAGAAGAACUAAUGAGAUAAACGAGGUCCUCUCUUGGAAGCUUGUUCCUGACAAUUAUCCCCCAGGAGACCAGCCACCUCCUCCCUCGUACAUUUAUGGUGCACAACAUUUGCUGCGAUUGUUUGUAAAACUUCCAGAAAUCCUUGGAAAGAUGUCCUUCUCCGAGAAGAAUCUGAAGGCUUUACUGAAGCACUUUGAUCUCUUUCUGAGGUUUUUAGCAGAAUACCAUGAUGACUUCUUUCCGGAGUCAGCUUAUGUCGCUGCCUGUGAGGCACACUACAGCACCAAGAACCCAAGGGCAAUUUAUUAAAGUUUUGAUGGUUCUGUAAGAACAGCCACUUAUGUUAUAUUUUAGAUUCCACAUAAAGAGCUAAUGUUAUUUGAGUCUUUCAUGUACUGUAGUUAUUUCUAUUAAGAAUUACUUCCUGAGCUGGGUGUGGUGGUCCAUACCUACCUAGAGGUAAAGCUUAUAAUUGUUUGUUUAAAAAAGAAAAUAUAAUAAUGAAUUCCUGGGUGCCUGAACAUGUUCCAUGUAACACUUGCUAUUGCACAAGCUAUGUGUGAUGGCAAGAUACAAACAGCCAUAGCUGUGUUCCUAGGGAAAUGUUCAUGAAAGUAUGCACAGGUUAGGUUCUGAUAGACAUUGCAAUUGGUUGUUAGCAAGAACCACCUUGCUUACUUGUUUGUGUUAAACAAAAUGUUUUUGAAAAUUGUUUUCUGUUCAACAGAUUUUAGUUUGUACUUGAAAGCCACAAAGUAGUCUCAAAGUAUUUUAGAGGGAAUUGAUAUUGAUGGCAAAAGAGAAUUUGCAGCUAUACAUUGCUUGUAACAGUUCUCUUUCUGUGAAACAUUAUUUUUGGUGAGCUAAAUAAAGCAUUGCCUGUCUUGUUUGAGAUUUUACAGCCAUA